ACCGUAGAUAUUAUAAGAGAGAUUUGCUUGCACUUUUUUUUAUUUAAAAAAAACACUGUACAAGAGAGUGAUUUUCAAAGAAAGAUAAUAGAAAUAUUGACUGUUAGGCAUUGCGCCGUGCAACAAGAAGAACCGUCCUUAUGGAUGGGAUCUUUUUUUUUUCAAGCAGAUACGAAACGCUUUAUUUUCCAGUGCUAUAGUCCAUUAUAGAUUUAUUUUAUUAUCACUAUUAGUCAUAUAGUGCUCGUUCUGCUGGUGCUUGGAUCCAUAUACUGACUAUUAUGUAACGCGAAUUCAAGGACUCAUAAAUCUUUGACAAGACAUUGAAAACGAUUGUAAAUUUGAUGGUCAAACUCGGUGACAGUUGAAAGCAUUUUCAAUCCAUGAUUCUGCCAUUUCAAUCUGAAAUGAGUGACAUGUCGACUACGAGAUCACCGGAAGUUAACGAGUACGCCUUUAACAACCCACCUCUACACCAAGCUCUCGUGAUGAUAUUCUUUACUCCUCUAAUACUAAUUAUCAUCUUCGGCAAUGCCUUGGUAAUCGUAGCUACCUACAAGGAACCCAGACUCCGAACCCAACGGUACAUCAUUCUUGCUAGUCUAGCUCUUUCAGAUCUAUGCAUUGGUCUGAUCGCAACGCCACUGGAACUUUAUUCUCGGGUGGUUCAGGAUGACAUCACUUGCUCUGUUGCUAAAUCGGGAUACUUCACAGCCUGGCUGUACGUUCUAGUCUAUGUUUCGAUCGUGCAUAUCGUUCUUAUUACUGUUGAUCGUCUAAUCGCAUUGAAGAGGCCUCUCCGCUAUGUAGCUUUGGUGACGACGAAAAGGGUGUGUAUCGUAAUCGCUGUGGUUUGGACUGGAGGAAUCAGCUACGGGAUAGUUUCAGUGAUCGAGUCAGGAUACAGUAAAGAUGAUACCUUGACGCAGUUCUGCACUGGUGUCAGAUACACAUCUCUGUCCGCGCGAAGUUUUCUUCUGGGAAGUGCUAGUGCCAUACUGUUUCUGGGUAUCAUUUUGAUUUCGAUGAAUAUUUGGAUUCACCGCAUUGCCGUCAACCAUUCGCGGCGGAUUCAUCAAAAUUUAUUGGCGCCCCCACAUCCACGAAUAGCAUGGCAAGGAAUAGGUCUGCAACAGCUCAAAGCCACAAAGACCACCUUAUUGGUUGUUGGUAUGUUUUGCAUGGGAUGGUUCCCUACUAGCAUCUGGUUCUAUCUCAGGGUCUACGCUUCCAUCAGUCAUGUGGGACAAAUCAUCCUCUUUGAGCUUUGUUUCUUUAUCGCUAAUUUCAGUUCUGCAGUGAACCCAUUUAUAUAUUGUUUCAAAGACAGUCUUUAUCGACGUACGUUUUGUAAAAUCUUUCCUCCUCUCGGAAACGUCCUGAAAAGGUCAAGAUGGGGUUUCGAGAGGAAUUCGUUUAUAGAACUUAAAGAUGGGGUUGAAAUUAACCAUGUUGUGGUCCCCAAGCCUGACGGACCUCACUCAAGUCAAUUUCAUUGAAAUGAAAUUAUCAACAUUAACUGAACGUCGAUUAAAAUAGGGCAUCACAAAGUUACAUGGGGGUAUUCUAAUGCCUUAUUUUGACAACCUCAUCUAUCAGGAAUGCAAAUGCCUAUCCUAUACAUUGCUUAUUUUAAUCAGAAGGAAUGGUGAUCUGGGGAGUGUUUCAUGAAAGGACUUGUCGGACAUAUAUUUCUGACAAGUCCUGUUUUAUCCGACAGCUACCAUAGUAAUAUAACUUCUCAGCCAAUCAAAUACAUGGAAAGCUGUCACAUCUGACAACUUGUCAGACAAAAAUGUUGAUAAAACGCUCCCCUGAUGUAACCUACGACGGACCAUCUUGUACCUAUACUGUUCGCAUAAAGUAGACAGGAUGCGGGGCCCAAUAUCAAGGAGUCUAAGGCACCUAAGACAGGUCAUGUAUUCGAUUCCCAUCAAAAGGCCCUUUGAUGUAGCAUAUCAAGCACUGCUCUUUUAAAUACACUUAGUAAAGGAAAUACAAUCAGUAUUGGUACUUAAAAUUUACACUUUGAACAUUGGAUGACUGUAAAGUUAUUCCUCAAUUAUCCCAGUGUACUUCACUUGAUAAGAUUAAGAUAUGUUUAAAAGUACCUAAUCUCGGCAACAUAAUAUAGAGAUAAAAGUUCUCACGUGACUAGCGUAACAGAUGAUACGACGAAGAAGGGAAAUACUUGCAUGAGAGAGACCAGAAGCACCCUGGAUAUUUAAAUGGUUUUUAAAGACCUUAGGCAAGACAAAAUGAAGAAAUCUAUGAAGAAGUUAUGAAAUAAAUUUUCAAUUUCUGUUUUGAAUUGAAGAUGAGCAGUGCAUGUGAGAACUGAGAAUGGGUCAGUCUCCGAACGAUACAAAGACGAAUGAACGCAAUGUACACAAACAGACAAAAUACCAACGAACUUUAAAUGUGAUUGUAUAAUGUGGACUCGAAGUAAAAUUGUAUUUCUGACAACUUUGUAUUAUUAUUUUUUAUUGUUUUCAUAUUCAAUCCGCUAUAGAAGUGCUCAAUAAUACUCUCAUUAACGGGAACAUAAUCAACAAACCGAUGAGAUUUUAAAUGAUUUUUUUAUUCGUUAAAAACAUAUUUGCUGUCAAUUCAGCGUCCAUUUGCAGAAAAAUAGUAAAAAAAAUUCUAUUUGUUUCAUCAGCUUAUUCCUUUUCGUCAAAAACUUAAUAGAUGAGU